AUGAUGAGAGGUCAAUUGCAGUGGUCUCGAGCGCAGGCAGCGCGGCGGGCUGCCCAAUUCCACGCGCGACCAGCUCUCCGACAGUUCCAACAAGUGCGCCAUGCAUCGAGCGAGCUCAAGCAAGAGGUUGCUCGCAACGAGACGAUUGGAGAUGCCCGCUCAGGCCUCAGUCGCAUCAAGAACCUGCUCCUCGGAACCUCGAUACUCGCCAUCACCGGAUUCGGAUACCUCUACAUCACCGACACACGAGCGACCUUCCACCAAUGGCUUGUUCCCCGUGUGUUGCGCACUCUGUUCCCCGAUGCUGAGGACGCCCACAAGAUUAGCAACAAGACACUCAAGGCUCUAUACUCUGUCGGUCUACACCCCCGUGAGAGGGGCAACCCAGACAUCAAUGGAGAUUUAAAGGUCGAGGUGUUUGGACAUGUCUUGGACAACCCCAUUGGCACAUCUGCUGGUCUGGACAAGAACGCUGAUAUCCCCGAUGUCGUCCUGGGCUUCGGUGCUGGUAUCGUUGAAGUCGGCGGUAUUACUCCUCGCCCACAGGAGGGUAACCCUAAGCCUCGUGUCUGGCGUAUUCCCUCGCAAAACGCCCUCAUCAACCGCUACGGUCUCAACUCGGAGGGUGCCGACAGUGUAGCUACUCGUCUUCGCCAGCGAUUGCGCGAGUUUGCUUACGCCCUUGGUCUUGGUCUUGACCCUAUGGCAGAGCAAUCUGUGCUGGAUGGUCACGCUGGCGUACCNCCCGGCAGUCAGAUGCCCGGCCGCCUGCUCGCUGUCCAGAUCGCAAAGAUGAAGGAGACUCCGGAUAACGACAUUGAUGCCAUCGCUCAGGAUUACGUCUACUGCGUCAACCAGCUCGCCAAGUAUGCCGAUAUCCUCGUCGUCAACGUCUCGUCGCCAAACACGCCUGGUCUGCGCAACUUACAGCAGGCUGCUCCUCUGACCAAGAUCUUGACUGCUGUCGUCGACGCUGCUCAAGCUGCUGAUCGCAAGACUAAGCCCGCUGUCAUGGUUAAGGUAUCUCCUGACGAGGACAGUGAGGAGCAGGUCAGUGGUAUCUGUGGUGCUGUAUGGGCCAGUGGCGUAGACGGCAUCAUUGUCGGUAACACUACCAAGAAGCGCCCUGACGCUCUGCCUGCUGGUUUCCUACUCCCUCAGAACGAGCAGAGUAUCAUGCUCGAGACUGGUGGUUACUCCGGCCCUCAAUUGUUUGAGCGUACUGUUGCGCUGGUCAAGAAGUACAGAACCGCACUUGACAAAGGUCCCAACGAGGCUAAGCCCGAGCCCAAAUCUGAGCCCAAGAAGNNAUCGAAGCACCCAAGCAACCAGAAAAGUCAGAGUUCCAGCUCGAGACCGAAGCAAUGA